AAGAAGAGGGAAAGAUGGCGUCCUCUAACAAUCCUCGCAAAUUUAGCGAAAAAAUCGCUUUGCAUAAUCAGAAACAGGCGGAGGAAACCGCCGCGUUUGAAGAAGUGAUGAAAGACCUGAACAUCACCAGAGCUGCACGGUUGCAGUUACAGAAGACCCAGUAUUUGCAACUAGGGCAGAAUCGUGGACAGUACUAUGGAGGCUCACUGCCCAAUGUCAAUCAGAUUGGAAAUGGCAACAUUGACCUGCCUUUUCAGAAUUCAGUGCUGGAUACCAGUCGGACCACCAGGCACCACGGGCUGGUGGAGCGUGUUUACCGAGACCGAAACCGCAUCACCUCUCCUCACCGCCGACCGCUAUCAGUUGAUAAACACGGACGCCAGAUUGACAGCUGUCCUUACAGCUCAGUUUACCUCUCCCCACCACCAGAUACAAGCUGGAGAAGGACAAACUCGGAUUCUGCCUUACACCAGAGCGCCAUGAAUCCGAAGCCCCAGGAGGUGUUCGCAGGGGGAUCACAGGAGCUGCAGCCCAAACGAGUACUGCUGCUAACAGUGCCUGGAACGGAGGACUCGGAGUCAAACGCAGACAAGGAUGGGCAGAAACAGCUGUGGGACGACAAGAAGGAUGAUUCAUCAAAGCCCAACACAUGUGAUGUCCCAGGAAUCAAUAUAUUCCCAUCACCAGACCAGGAGUUGAACCCCUCCCUGCUGCCGGCUGCACACAACACUGGCGGUUCGCUGCCGGAUCUGACCAACAUCCAGUUCCCCCCUCCUCUGUCAACCCCGCUGGACCCCGACGACACCGUGGCCUUCCCGUCCCUCAGCUCGUCCAACAGCACAGGCAGCCUGACCACCAACCUCACCCACCUGGGCAUCAGCGCUGCCAGCCAUGGGAUCACCACCUCUUCUCAGCCCACCAUGACUGCAACAGCACAGCGCCGCCAGCCACCCGUGGUGCCGCUGACCCUCACCUCUGACCUCCAUCUCCAGCAGUCCCCUCAGCAGCUCUCCCCCACCCUCUCCUCACCCAUCAACAUCACACAGGCUGUGCCGACUGAGCCACUGACCCUGGAGCAGCAGCUCUCCCAGUACCCCUUGUUCAACCAGCUGACGGCUCAGGCCCAAGCUCAGCUGCUCAGCGACCUCCAGAAGCAGCAGCAGGUCCUGUCCCAGGGCAUCCAGCUCAUCACUCUGCCAACUCUGGCUUCCCCCGGAUCAGCUACAGCCUCCGCCAGCAGCCCCUCCUCCGACAGCCAGAGCCAGAGCCAGACCACCGCCAGCAUCAGCGUCAGCUCGUACCGCAAUCAGACUGGCUCACCAGCCACUCAGUCUCCAACCUCCCCAGUCUCCAAUCAAGGCUUCUCCCCCGGCGGCUCGCCUCAACACAUUCCCGUGGUAGGCAGUAUAUUUGGCGACUCCUUCUAUGAUCAGCAGUUGGCACUGAGGCAGACCAACGCCCUUUCUCACCAGCUGGAGCAGUUCAACAUGAUUGAGAACCCCAUCAGCUCGACCAGCCUUUACAGCCAGUGCUCCACCCUCAACUACACACAGGCGGCCAUGAUGGGCCUCACUGGGAGCAGCCUUCAGGACUCGCAGCAACUCGGCUACAGCAGCCACGGCAACAUCCCCAACAUAAUCCUUACAGUCACAGGUGAGUCUCCGCCAAGCCUCUCCAAAGAGCUGACCAACUCUCUGGCAGGUGUGGGCGAUGUCAGCUUUGAUGCAGACUCUCAGUUUCCUCUGGAUGAGCUGAAGAUUGACCCGCUCACCCUGGACGGACUGCACAUGCUCAAUGACCCUGACAUGGUGCUGGCUGACCCGGCCACCGAGGACACGUUCAGGAUGGACAGGCUGUAACGUGAAAAGCUGAGAACAGGAAGGGGAAAAAAAUAAACACUAACUUGUGAAUGGAGACAAACAAAGGGCAGGAUGAACCCUCUCCCUCGUUGCAUGGCCGUCCAGCUGCCCGACCUUGCCCUUGACUCCGUGAAGCCCUUUGAAACGAUGCGCCACCAAAAGACAACAGGGAAAAAGACAACCAGUGGCUUGCCAGGGAAUGGCCUCGCUGUUGUUUUGAAUGAGAUUGGUCGCUCAGCGCUUUCGCUAGCCUGCUGUGUUUACAGUGUCCCAUUACAUGCCACAUUUAUUCCAAAAAUGCACAUUUGACUCAUUUUUUUCUCUUCAUAUCCACUUUGAUAUUCUUUUCUUAAUAUUUUCUCGUAGCAGGAAGCUGCUAGGACAUUGGGCUAAACCGUACCCGUUGUGGCGGCUGUAUAAAAACAAACAAAAAAAGCAAACAGCCGGUUUGCUUGCACUCUGCAAUCAAAUGAAUCGGUUUCCCAUCAUGCCGUAAUGGCUUUCUAUUUCUCACUCAAAGCUUUAUUUUUGACAACCAAAUGUUAUUUUCAUCAUGUACUGUAUGUUUUGAUGCUUUAUCUAUUUAUAUGUUUUAUUUAUUUAUUUGGUUACAGAUUUUAUAUUCCAUUUCAUAAUUUAAAUUUGAUGCCAAAAUGCUCUCUGUAGGCAUAGUGUAAAAUUGCACUGAUGUAAUUUGUGUCUAUUUAAUAAUUACUAACAUAUUUAUAUAUGUGUUUGUUAAGCUAUUUGGUUAAUGAAGGAGUGCAAAACCUCCCCAUAGUUGCUCUUUGGUGUUAGAUGUGCCAUUCUCUGAUGUAGGACGUGGUAGAUGUCUCCAUGCUGCAGCCCAACGGUCAAAUCAGAAUCUCGUAGUUUUUAGCGCCGCUCCAGAAAACACUGCAGGCUCCAGAAAUGGGUUGGUUUUAUGCCACUUGAAUUGACUUUUUCUGAGAAAAUGAUCAGGUAUUUCUAAUGAACUAGAAAGCAAGAUAAAGACACCCAAAUUAAUUUUCUGCCGGUGAAAAGCCAAUAUAUCUAUCCAGACUGAACUUCUUUUCAGUGAAGGAAAACGUCUGUUUUUAACACUAAAAUCUUUUGAAGUUGUCACUGUGAAAUCACCUGAUUUUGCCUUACAUGAGUAUUCUACUGUUCUACUUAAGUGUCUCGCGUGACAAACAUAUUUUCGUACCUUAUUGUAACAUUUUCUUGUAUUUAAGGAGAGCUUAACUUUUGGUCAGUGAUAUUUGUGGUUAUGUUGUGUAAGGUUUGACAAAUCAAUGUACUGUAUUUUGUAUCGGUACAGUUUAUAGCCAAAUUGUUGGUGUUUUUUAAAGUGGAGCUUAAAAAAAUUCGAAGGAUGGGUUUGAAGUUUUUGAGAAGGGAGUGCAAUUAUGGGGAGGCUUUUUGCUCCGACACAGGGAAGCUCUAACAAAAUUGCUAAAGACCAGUGGCACACUGGUCAACAACUACAAAACUACUAUACAAAGUCGAAGGAAAUGAAGGAUAUUUGUUCAUAUAGAAAGUCUGUGUACUUUUUUCUGUACACAGGAUGAGUAUAAGAAGUCUAUGUAAAGAUAAAGAGAGAAAUAGUGUUUUUAUAUCUGCAGUAUAUAAAUCUAUAGUAUUGUAUGAACACAGCACAGAGAUCGACCUUGGUCCAGUCAGUGUCACUAACAAAACACUCAUAAAAACAAUCAGGGAUGUAGUAGAGUCUAAAACUGUUUACCUUUUUAACCGCAAAUGUUUACACCAGUUUCAUCUGAAAAUGUACAUAUUGAUAUCAGCUCUCACUACAUCCAUGAACCAUCUCUUAUUGCCAAAACAAAACGUGUCAAAUUUCAAAUUUGUGGUGGCCUUUUGUCAGAGUUUCCCUGAGAGGUCUGUGGGAUCAUGUUUGGUAUAUUGUGAUGUUCGUGUACAGACAAGCAAAUCAUUUACCCUCCUAAAGCGCUGUUGGAAAGAUCCCUGCCCCCCCCAAUCCCAGCCUACUCUAGUCCAUCCAGAAAAGGAAUCACAUUUUUGUUUUCCUGCACACCUCUACAGUUAGUCCAAGUGUUUAUUGUCUGCUGUGACACCUCCAUGGAAGGUUUGGUUUGGCUUCAACAUAUUUGUGAUUCCUAUGCAAAUGCAACAACAAAAGGGUGCUUGAAGGAAAAAUCCAACUGUGAUGUUUUACAGUGUAAAAGAGGAGAAGCUGGAUUUAUUCUUUUUGGGGAAAUGUUGGAGGCAGAGGCUGAAGAACCGUGUGAGAGCCAUGAAAGGUCAGCAAGUUUUUAGUUGCUUGCAGAGAUUACAGAUCAUAGGAAAGCUUUGAGCAAUUUCAUGGAUGGAAUAAUACUCUUUUUUUCAUAGCUAUUGCCACAUGAUUAUUAACAUUUAAUAAGACUUCUCACAGAACACCACACAAGUACUCAUAUUGCUCUGCACUAAAAACCUCUAAAGACAAAAUGUUGGAUGUUUGACGUAAAUGUGGAGUUUGAGGCAGGUUCAUCAGUCCUGUGUCAGCUGAAGUCUUUGCCGUUGUUCAUCUGUGUUCCUUAAAUAUUUAAGCAGUUCUAAGGACUUCAAGUGUAUUUUAAAGACUAAAUCUGCAGAUCUGAACUUGAUUCAUAUAUUGGUAUCAAUAUCAGCAUAAAGACUUGGUAAAUAUUGACAAAAAUCUCUUAACUUGCAUCCCUAAAGUUAGUAAACCACUGGGCCUGAAAGUUUCUUUUCACUCUAAAAAUUUGCUGACAGCUCAGUAAUCCACACCUUUGUUAUCAAACAUUUACCUUUAUACUGUCCCUUUUCAAUCUGUGACACGUUCUUUUUUCUGUUGCUAAAUUCAAAUUAUAGUCCUCAAUUUACCUAAAAUUCAUUAUUUUCUUUCAAAAUAAAAGCAGGUCUGUAUCCAAACAAUAAGGUAAUUAACCUUACGGUAACACAGUACAAAAUUUAAAAAAUAAUAAUGAAAAACGUCUUAAGCUGCAAAAUAGUGGUAUUCAAAAUGUGACCCGAUAAAAAGGAGGAAAUCAAUUAACUGAUCUAAACUGUAGAAAUACCGUGAUUAUUCAUUCAUUAAUCUUUUUUUUUUUUUGUUAAACUUUUGACUGUUUCACAGCACUAAUUGAAAACAAUUCAUGUAUAAAAAAAAAAAAAAAAAAAAUUCUGACUAAUUUAUCAGUUUUGAUGUGGAUUCUGGGGCACUCUAAGGGUUAAAGUUAGGGAACCAUUGCUUAUUGUGAUGCUUGGCUAACCAUAAUGGUAUUAUAAUGACGUAUUUAGCAUUCCUACAAUCAUUGUUUUAUUGCAAGACAAUCAUCUAAUGAUAUUUCAUAAUAUCUGAUCAACUGAAUGAAAAACACCCCUACAGGUAAAGUUAGUUUGAUUUUCACUGCAGCUUGAAGUAAAUUUCACCUGUUAGCACACCUUAUCUUACAACUUUGUCUGAGUACUAUCUGACAUUAUCUGACUUUUGUUUUUGUGCUUUUAUUACACUGUCGGUUACUUCUUUGGCCAUUUAGCUUGGGUUUAUGUCUCCUUAAUUCAUGACAUAAGCACCACCAUGAGAAGUCAGACUGGCAGGGUAACAUUAUUUUGUAUUCUUUGAUAUCUAAACAUCUAUUCUGGAACUGGUGAUUUGAUAAUUGUAACUCAUGAAUCAAGCUGACAUUAUUUUUUAACAGAGUGAUAUCCCUUACCAAGGCUGAUAUGAAUAAAGUGAGACAUUGAAGGUUGCAGUGCUGCCUUGACAAUCAUAGUAUGUGAAAUAGUACCCAAGAGAUAAAGUUUAUUUCACAUUCCUGUCAGCAAAGGAGAAUAAAUCCUGCUUGAUUUUUUCCCUCUUCAUACAUUGUUUUGCUACAUCUUUUUAGAACCUCUGUAAUCCUCAAGACCUGAUGCUAAACAUAUUUUUAAGUUCAUUUCAUGCUGGCUGUAGCUCACAGAAACACUGAAGAAUGCAUCUGAAGUUGGAUUUUUCCUUGAAGUUACUGAAACAAAUGUACAGAACUCACUCUCUUCAGAUUAUGUUCCCAGAGGUCACGUCACUGUUGCGUUACCAGGUACCAGGUGUAUGCCUGUGAUUUUAGCUCCCCUCCUGUCAUCCUGCUGAGUACUAGUCCCUCACACUGACCUUGUACAUACGCUAUAGCUAAAGUAAAAAUGCAUGACUAAAACUGACAGUCAAAACCUCUAAAUGAAGGCCUUCUCUAGCUGUGCAGGUUUGAUUUGUGUAACAUAACGCUAUCACAAAAGUCUAAAGGGAUGCAUGUAUGGGUUUCUCCUGUGCAACAGUUAACUCAGUUUCCUGUUAAGUGACUCUUUUACCUCCAUCUCUGUAUACUUCUACUUCAAGAAUGAUACGAGAAUGUAUUUUUGUGGCGGUGUCCUAGUUUUUCGCCUGUUGCCAAAACAACCUGACUUUUAUUUAUUUAUUUAUUUAUUUUGAGCUCUUGGUCCUGCCUCAUUCGGACCAGACUCCUCUCUCUGCUCUUCACUUUUCUUCUCAGAGGAUUCAGACUGUUGCUCGUUCCUCUCUCUCUCUCUCUUUCUCUUUCUCUCUUCCUACUGUAGCAUCUCACCACGUACGAGUGUAAACAAUGGGUUAUCUCUUGGUUGAAACCCGCUGUUAAACCCGUCCCCCUUCUCUCCAUCAGCACGAGCUCUUGGCUCCCUAAAGAAAAUGGAAGCAGGUUUUGUCUCACGAGGAUUGCGGAUAGGCACGAGCACUGAUUGUUUGCAUAUGUGGACUUGAAUCUUCUGAAACUUCUGCGUUACGCAGUCGACUGCAUGACAUGAUAGACACAUCGAGCUGAUCCUUUUCCCAUGCUAUGUACAGGAGUUUAACCUCGCUAUGCUGAAGUGAAAUCAGAUAUGAUUGUUUUAUGUUGUUGUUGCCUAUCAUGUCAAGUUUUGGGCUGGGUAAAGUGUAAUUCUGCUCUUUUGUUUGUUUUCUGUUUUUUGUGCAAUGUUUAGUCCACUAGUUGCUUGGCACUUUAUUUGUGACUUCCUGGCUCUUGAGCAGGGACUGUUCUGCCCGAUGUGAAUGCUGACUGUUUCACUCCAGAUGUAUACUCCGGAGAUAUUUUCAUGUCAAAGAAAAAAAGAUGAAUUCUCUAUUUUCCUUUGUAAACUAUAUUUUGGCUUGUCUUGUUUUUUAUCUGUGAAGACUUUAGGGGAUGCAAAACCAGAAAGGGCUUACUCCAGUGCAGCUUGCGCUCUCUUGUUGGAAAGGAACGGCACUCCGAAUGUAUUUCCUCGUCGGUUAUUUACCCUCGUCAUGAAAACCACACAGAGUCUGAGUGAGUCACAGUUCUUACAGUGAUGCAGAUUUAGCCUUAGUAGUUGCAGCAUCAGUAAUACUCCACUACAUCUUAACCCUGACUUCAGAAAACUGCCUCUACAAAUGUACUGAAUAAUGCCCAAACUGUCUUUCUUCAUGAAAUAAGCUGAAACUGAGAUGCAGCUUCAGUGUUGUGAAAUGACGUAAUAACUACAGUACACCAUGCUUCAUCUACGACUGACCCUUUAACUCAAUAGGAAGCGACUCUUUAUCAAGCCCUAGGUCAGUGUAUUUUUGGACAACUAAGUUUUGAUUUGAAAUGAGAAAUCAGAAAACAGGAAUAUAGCUCUUUCCCUACUAUGGUUUAAAAAAAUCGGAAAACAAAACAUGGAAAAAAGGGCCCAGGGCACUCUCAGGCAGUUCAUAUUAAAUUUAGAAUCAAGAAAAACACUUUUUAUUGCUUUAAUUGAUUGAGGAGGACAGAGAGAAGAAUCAGAUACAGGGAUGAGAGAGUUGGGGAGAGACAUGCAGGAAAGGAGCCGCAGGCCUGGGCUUCACGCUUACUUAGGGCACAGCCUAACCACUAGGCCACCUGUGCCCCCAUUUCUGUCUUUUUUUUUUUUUAAUAAAUGACUUUUUUAACUGAUUGUUCAUCUUUUAGUUUUUAUGUUCUGAUUAAAAAGGAAGAUCAAUGGAACACUGGUGAUGUAACAUUCUUUUUUUUCCACAACGCCUUCAGGGGGUCACACAAAUGGUGAAAAGAAAGAAUGUUACAGUUCCAGUGUUCUGUUCUUCUAUCUUCCUUUUUGAUCGGAACAGGAACGCAAUAAAAAGAAAAACAAUAUGUUUUUGAUCUAUUUCUUUUUGGGCAAUAAAAUCAGAAAAAUGGCAAAUAAAAAGAGAAAUGGAAGGUUGUUUUUUUUUUUGUUUGUUUUUACCACAUUUUCUUUCCCUACUUCUUAAAAGUAAUUAUGAAAAAAACUGCUGUCUUGAUUUUGGAUUUCAAAUUAAAAAUCAGUUGGCCGUAGGAUACACUGACCACCCUCCCUCCUUGAUUGCUGUUACUAGGUUAGGAAAAUCUUGCUGCCGGUAUCUUCCCUCUGAAACAGCUGAAAAAAACCACAAUUCCACUUAUUUCUAUUUUAUUUAUUUAAUUCUUUCAUAAACUUGUCCUCAAUGAAAGAACACAGACAAAGACAGUAAUGCAUGUAAUGACUACUCCAAAUCUCGAUAAAAUCAUCCAAAGUUUACCAAGAUAGGAUACAUUUAGAUGUUGGCUAGCGUUAGCUGCCUUCCUGUGGAAAAACGAAAAAGUGUUUGUUUUUUGCUAAAAGCGAUACACAUGUGCGGUACGUUCUUAUCUGUCUUACUAGACCUGCAUUAAUGUUAUUUUUAUGUUAGCGCUGGUUAAUAAAAAUGUCAGCAUGAUAUUAUGCUAAAGCUGUUAGCAAUAUAAUGUUAGCAAGUUUGGUAUUAAGUAAAGUUAUAGCAACUAAGCAUUAGCAGAAAAUCCCAUAUUCUCAGUGUUAAAAAUGCUCAUUUCUCUUACCUUCCAGCAAAUGUUAGUAUUUUUUGUCAGUGUGUUUAAUUGUCUUUGUGGUUGUCAGCAGAUUCAAAUCCAAAGAAAAAGGAUGGUAAAUAACGGCUGAGCAUGCCUUUUAAUCAUGUUAAAGUGAGUUAAUGAAGGUUUUAAUUUCACUAAAGCACACUGAAACGACUUCGUCUAGGCAAAGGUAUCUUUCCAUGCAGCUUCCCAUGAGAUUGGGCUGUCUGAUUGGUGGACCAGCGGACCAAUCAGAGAGCCAGCAAAGGCUCAAUAAUUCUGACUACUGAAACCUCUUCUUAAAGGCAAACAACAACAAAAAAAUGUUCCGUAGAUGAAGCAUGAUGUACUGGAGACGAAUGGCUAGACAAGUCUCUGAUUAAUGAAUGAGCAGUAUAAUGAUGUGUCAGGGUGUAAGAUGACUUUUUUUAAUUGUCACAAGUUUUCUAAUGUGAUUCUUUGACAGCAGCACAAAAAAGGUAAUGAUUUAAAUGUGGCCUGCUACAAAGUUUUACAGAUGAGGAUUAAAGCAGUGUGUACACAUGUAAAUCAGAAAUGUAUGGUUCUAUUUGAAUUGGUUUAAAGAUGUAAACAUUUCUGGUAUGAUUAUGUUAAAGUAUAUAAGGCAGACUUCUAAGAUUAAUCUUUUGUUCAAGUUUAAGUAUUCUUAAUUACAAAUAUGAACAGAUCAAAAUUUUAGGUUGACUUUGAGACUUACAGAAGAGGAUGAUGGCCACUAAAAAAAAUACAUUCUUUAAAUGCUGACUUUUGUAUCUGAAUUCCAGGUAUGACGUGAAAAAAAUCUGGUAAAGUUGGAAUUCUGACUUAAAUCUCAGAAUUCUAUUUUUUUUUUAACCAGUUUGGCGAAAUAAAAAAAAAAAAAAAAGUUUGGCAAAAAAAAAAAAAAAAACAGGCUGUUCCUAAAACCACAUACCUUAUGCUACAACAUACUCAAACAUAUGUACUAGGGAUGCAUGAUAUUAUCAUUAUGAUGUUGGUAUCAGCAGAUAUUAGCUCAAAAAGUGAACUAUCGUAUUUGCAGAUCUGAAAAUUUUUGCCAAUGUUUUGGCUAUAAAAUUCUGCCUGUAUCGGCUUUAAAUAUCGACUGUAUGAACAUAGAACUCAGUGGAGUUUCUGUCUGGACCAACAGUCCUACUUCAGCUAAAGACUUUUUCUUUAUUCAUCCUCAAUCUUUACAUUUUAAAGUUUUUUUUAAGGAUUGAAAUGUGUCAAUUCGUUCAUCAUUAAAAUUUACAUUUUUGGUUUCAAGUUUGAACAUUUAAUAUUACAUUUUUAUAUCUAUCUAUCAACAUUAUUUGAUAAUAUUGACAUAUGAGGCAAAAAUCCAAUAUCCUGCAUCCAUAAUAUACACUACAUACUCAAAAAAAAAAAAAAAAAAAACGGUUAGAAUCACUUUUCACCGUACAUAAAAGCUGGUCAUCUCGGUGUCACCUGAUUUUAUGAAGUGUUUCCAGUCUGUGUUUUGUUGGCUAAUCCAGUAGCUAGCUAGCAUGACCAUCGGUCUACUCAGUACCAGAAAUGACUGGGGUCUGAUUUGUGCUUGUGAAGUUACACAGUAUAAUUAGCUUUAUGUUGGAGGAAGCAGCUUGCAAAACCUCAAAAUAAAAUUUUUGAUAGAUUACUUUGCUUUAUAUUUAUAUAUUUAAUUUUUAUUUGAUGUAAUCUUCCAUUUUGGUCAUACCAUUCAUUUUCUUUGUUUUGUAGAUUGUAGUCAGUGUAGGACUGCUAGCAGGCUAACACUGCUAGUGCUAAGAAACGGGUGCUAUAUAUUUUUAUUUCAGAGUCAGCUUUAUUGGCCAGCUGAUUAAAUCUGCAAGGAAUUUGACUUUGAUAAACUGUGUGCAAGUUUGGAAAAGACAAUAGUGUAGUUAUUCUUCAACACAGCUGCAGGAACCACAACGAAAAAACGCUUCCCCAGCUCACUGCCAAUCACAAUGUGCCAUGUCAUCAUACAUAAGACCAUGUAAUAUCACUAGUAGACCCAGAGCAGAUAUGGUACCUACACUAAAUCAGUAAUUUUCAUUAUUAUUACAGCUACCUAGGUGUUUGGGUGUUGGCAACAUUUAACUGUUACCAUUACUUUUAUGCUGCUGGUUAGCAGGCUGACGAUCUCUGCUACUGGAUAUACUGAGAAACGCAAUGUGCUGUUGGGCGAUUUAGAGUAAACCGUGUUCUCCAGUUUCAUACUUCAAAUUCUGAUCACUCUAGUAUACAUCCAGGGAUUUCUCACAAACACAAAACUGCACAAACAACACUUGAUUUGGCUUGUACUACACAUUCAGUGUCGUUUUUGACACAGUCAGAGUUCUUCCCUUUUUCUCAGAAGAAAUAAAAUAGAGGUGGAAAAAGUUCUUUAUCCUCUUCUUCAGAAUUUUAGCAGCUAUAUAAUCAGAAUAAACCAUUUAAAUGUAAGUUUGUGAAAAUUCUAGUGUGUGUGAGUUGAAGCCUGAUGAUUUGACCAAAAUAAAUGUUUCACUGUGGCUUUAUUCCUCUGCUGUAUGUCCCUGAUAAGACUGAAGAUUUUCUUUUAAGGUCUAUCAUUGGGUAAAAAAACAAACAUUUUUUUGUACUGCAGAGUUUAGUCAGGAUCUUGCGCCAAAUCUUCCACCUCUCAUAUCUUGACUACGAUUAUUUCACUACAAACGGCUGAGCCUAAGCAGGAAAACUGCAGAAAGUAAACACUUGAGGAUCAAUUACAAAAGCUGAGUCAAUUUUUUCAAGCAGAUAGGACGAACAGUCACCUCAAAGUAUAUUUUCUGCAUAUUCUAAACUAUAUCUUGACUAGCCUGCUUGUUUUGGUUUGAGACAGCAUUUCUUAGCACGUCCUGCGUUAAGGUUGUGUGAAAAGCUCAAUGUCGUCUCU